GACACACUAUCAACGCAGGAAGUCUCUAGAUGAGGGCAUCACAGCUGAAGUGAAGCACCCAGGCCAGACGAUGGCUGUGGCCUCGCCUCCGCCAGAGCCUGAAGGCCUCCUGAUCGUAAAACUGGAGGAGGACUCGUGGGAGUCAGACUCCAACCCUCAGCAGGAGGCCCACAGCCCUGUCCCUGGCCCUGAGGCUUCCCGCCGCUGUUUCAGGCAGUUCCAGUACCGGGAUGCAGCUGGACCGCACGAGGCCUUCAGCCAGCUCUGGGCUCUCUGCUGUCGUUGGCUCAGGCCCGAGAUCCGCCUCAAAGAGCAGAUCCUGGAACUGCUGGUGCUGGAGCAGUUCCUGUCCAUCCUACCCAGGGAGGUGCAGACCUGGGUGCAGGCACGACACCCUGAGAGCGGGGAGGAGGCGGUGGCCCUGGUGGAGGAUUGGCAGCGAGAGGCCUGGGCUACCGGACGGCAGGGACUGGAGCUGAGCGCUGAAGAGUCCAGGUCCUUCGAAGCAGUCCAAGAGUUCCAGAGGUUCCAGCCGCAGCCAGUGGCUCGCUGCUCCGAGGGACAGCCCCAGAAACCGUGGGUGGAGAGUACAUGUCCUGACCUUUCUAAGAUGCCACCUCAGUCCUUGACAGAGAAUGCUGACCUCACACCCCAAGUCCCCACUGUUCUAAAGACGGAGAGCACUGGAGAUUGGGAGGUGGCAGCCCUGUCCCAGGAAGCCCUGAGCUCCAGUAGAGAAGCCAAGGAGGAGCCCUGCCAGGACCCUGCAGGAGAUGAUCGUGGGAAUGGCAUGUGCCUGGGAGUUCCAGUUUCAAAGCCAUGUGUCACCUUCCAGCAUGAGCGAGGACCAGAGACUUUGCAUCUGAGCCUUAUACAUCCUGGGAAUGGGCGCACUGCAGAUGAUAGCCUGGACAGUGAGCAGGACAAGUCAGCCCAGGCAACAUCCCAGGAGGACUCAAGGGCCUGGGAAGAGCAAUGCCAGUGGGAUGGGGAGGACAUGAAGGUGUCAGGUGUUCACUGGGGCUAUGAGGAGACCAAGACUUUCCUGGCCAUCUUAAGUGAAUCUCCUUUCUCUGAAAAGCUCCGGACCUGUCACCAGAACCGCCAGGUAUAUGGGGCUAUUGCAGAGCAGCUGAGGGCACGGGGCUUCUUGCGGACUCUGGAGCAGUGUCGCUACAGGGUCAAAAACCUUCUACGAAAUUACCGGAAAGCCAAGAACAGUCACCCACCAGGGACCUGCCCCUUCUAUGAGGAGCUAGAGGCCUUGGUGAGCGCUCGGACAGCCAUCGGAAGACCCACGAGUGGGCCAGGAGAGGCUGUGGCACUCCCCAGGCUGGGGGACAGUGACACUGAGAUGGAUGACCAAGAGGAAGGGAGCUGGGAGCCUGAGGAGGCAACGGAAGACUACAGUAGUUCUGGCAUGGCCACCGAGGAAUCUGCUCAGGGGCCCAGGAUUGCAGGGAGCCCAGCUCUGCUCCAGAGCCGCAUUGCAGGUGUGCACUGGGGCUUCGAGGAGACCAAAGCCUUUCUGGCAAUUCUUAGUGAGUCGCCGUUCUCUGAAAAGCUUCGCACCUGUCACCAGAACAGCCAAGUGUAUCGAGCCAUCGCGGAGCGGCUGCGGGCGCUGGGUUUCCUGCGGACGCUGGAGCAGUGCCGCUACAGAUUCAAAAACCUCCUCCGAAGCUACAGGAAAGCCAAGAGCAGCCACCCACCAGGGACCUGCCCCUUCUAUGAGGAGCUGGACUCACUGAUGACGGCUCGGACUGUGAUCAGCGCCAUGGAGGCGGCAGGAGGAGCCGCGGAGCUUCCUGGAUCUGGGCAGAGCGGUCCUGAGGCUGAUGACCUAGAGGCCUGGGGUGAGAUGGAAGAUGAAGAGGAGGUUAAACUCCUGACUCCAGACCCCCAGACUCCAGAUACUGGCUUUGGGGUGAAGCGUGAGGAUGAAGAGCAGAUUUCAGAGCAGGACGUUUUUGGGGAUCGGCCUGGAGCCUUACCAGAAUACAGCACAGAAGCCAUUCGCCAGCCUCCCCACUGUGGGGAGGACCGUGAGAAUGGGGGUGGCGGGGAGUGGAGAAGUUCUGUCCCGUGGGAAGCGUGUUCCUCUGAGGAGGACUUUGAAAAACUUAUCGAUCAUCAAGGCCUGUACCUCACGGAGAAACCCUAUCAAAGUGGCACGUCUGUCAGUCAGAAAUUCCACUUCUUUGCCCACCAACAGCCCCACAUGGGCGAGAAGCCCUACCAGUGUCCUGACUGUGGGAACAGUUUCACUGACCUCUCCAGCCUCAACACCCACCAGAGAACGCAUACUGAAGAGAAGCCCUCCAUAUGCCGGGAGUGUGGGGAAAUCUUCAGUCAGAGCUCACACCUCCUGGAACAUCAGCGGGUCCACUCGGUAGGAGCUCCCGACCAGGCUAACGCGCCUGUGGAGGGUGUUGGCCAAAGUCCGUCUGUUGGUGCUCACUGGAGAAAUUCUACAUGGGAGAUACCCAAAGAGCCUCAGAAUGCCAGCAUGCGCACGGGCUCCAGGGGCCGUCACAGCAGCUCGGGGGAGAAGCUGUAUCAGUGUCCUGAGUGUGGGAGGGGCUUCUCUAAGAGCUCCGCCCUCAUCAGUCACCAGAGAAUCCACACUGGUGAGAAGCCCUACGAAUGCAUGGAGUGUGGGAAGAGCUUCAGCAAGGGCUCCAGCCUGUCCAACCACCAGCGAACUCACACCAGCGUGAAGCUCCAUCAGUGCGCGGACUGCGGCAAGUGCUUCAGCGAGCGUUCCAAGCUCGUCACCCACCAGAGGGUCCACACGGGGGAGAAGCCCUACAGAUGCCUCGACUGCGGGAAGUUCUUCCGAGACCGGUCCAACCUCAUCACUCACCAUAGAAUCCACACGGGAGAGAAGCCGUACAAGUGCCGAGUGUGUGGGAAGUGUUUUAACCAGAGCUCCAGCCUUAUCAUCCACCUGAGAAUUCACACCGGGGAGAAGCCGUACAAGUGCACAGAGUGUGGCAGAGACUUCAACAACAGCUCCCACUUCAGUGCCCACCGCAGAACGCACACAGGAGGGAAGGCAGUGUAGGCCACGCCGCGUCCCAGCAGAGAGCAAUAAUGUACUCUGAUACCUCCCACGUUACUAAAACAUGCCAGAAAGAA